GUCUGCUGGCGGACGGAGUGUGUGAGUGCGUGUGUUUGAUGGUUUGAGUCUGGCUCUCUUGUCAAUAUCACAGUUAAAUGUUUAAAUGCGAUGCGAUGGGAUUCUUGUGACCAUGGAUAAAAGGCGAAUCCUGAUCUUGUGUCUGGUUGCUGUGGGAUUUGGUGGCCUCUGUGAUGCUCUGUUGUGUAACUGCACCACGUCUCAGUGUGAGAAGAAUGGCUACCGCUGUGAGACGACGGGCGCCUGCAUGGCCUCUACAUCCUUCAUCGAAGGCCAGGAGCAGCAUAUGCGAGUUUGCAUUGAAAAAGAGAAGCUGGUCCCUCCUGGUCAGCCCUUCUUGUGUUUGAGCGCUGAGGGUCUGCUCAAAAUCCAUUGCUGCUACACGGACUACUGUAACAGCUUGGACCUCAAAUUGCCCUCUGUGACUGUACGUCCAGAUGCAGUGCUGAUGGGGGGCUGGGGUCCGAUGGAGCUGGCUGCAGUGGUGGCGGGACCCGUGUUUGUGGUAUGUGUGCUGGUGCUACUGGGACUUUUCCUCUUCCAGCACCACCAGAGGGCCUAUGGGCACAGGCAGAGGUUGGAGGUGGAGGACCCCAGCACUGAGCACCUGUACCUGGCCAAGGACAAAACCCUGCAGGAUCUCAUCUAUGACCUGUCCACAUCAGGCUCUGGAUCAGGUCUACCUCUCUUUGUUCAAAGGACGGUUGCACGAACCAUCGUGCUGCAGGAGAUCAUUGGCAAGGGUCGCUUUGGGGAGGUUUGGAGAGGGAAAUGGAGGGGUGGAGAUGUUGCUGUGAAAAUCUUCUCUUCACGAGAGGAGCGCUCCUGGUUCCGUGAAGCUGAGAUCUACCAAACCAUCAUGCUUCGCCACGAGAACAUUCUGGGCUUUAUUGCAGCUGACAACAAAGAUAAUGGCACAUGGACACAGUUGUGGCUGGUCUCUGAUUAUCAUGAGCAUGGCUCUCUGUUUGACUACCUGAACCGAUACUCCGUCACCAUUGAGGGCAUGAUCAAACUGGCAUUGUCUGCAGCCAGUGGUCUGGCACACCUGCAUAUGGAGAUACUGGGCACUCAGGGUAAGCCUGGUAUUGCUCAUCGGGAUCUGAAAUCUAAAAACAUUCUGGUAAAGAAGAACCUCACAUGUGCCAUCGCGGAUCUAGGCCUCGCAGUACGGCACGAGUCUGUCACAGACACCAUAGACAUCGCCCCCAACCAGCGCGUUGGCACGAAGAGGUACAUGGCACCAGAGGUGUUGGAUGAGAGUAUUAACAUGCGUCACUUUGACUCCUUUAAAUGUGCUGAUAUUUACGCUCUGGGACUGGUGUACUGGGAGAUUGCUCGCCGCUGCAAUGCUGGAGGUAUCCAUGAAGAGUACCAGCUUCCUUACUAUGACCUGGUGCCCUCAGACCCAUCUAUAGAAGAGAUGAGAAAAGUGGUGUGUGACCAGAGGUUACGACCAAAUGUGCCAAACUGGUGGCAGAGCUACGAGGCAUUGCGUGUGAUGGGGAAGAUCAUGAGGGAGUGCUGGUACGCAAACGGCGCCGCUCGGCUGACUGCUCUGCGCAUCAAAAAGACCCUGUCUCAACUCAGCGUGGAGGAGGAUGUCAAAAUCUGAGAUGCAAGCAAAGUCGUGAAUGCUUGUACAAAAAAUACUACUACUCCACACUAUCCUGCCAGUUUCAAAAAUGUAACGCCGUCCACAGAGUUGUGAUGCGGCCUACCUCACCCUCACAGCCAAAACUACUGAAAACAAUCGUGCUCCCAGCCUCCCCUCUAAUGACCCUUGAUGAACUGAACUGAACUUGAACCAAACUCCAGUCCUUCCCACGUUCUUAUUUUCAUAAAUGGCCACAGACUGCAAGUUCCGAUACUACUGAUCUACUGCUGCCCCUAUUAAUAUCCAUAGACCAUUCCAUGGUAAAAGUGGAUAACUGUGUUAUUGAUGUGACUACUUUCGCUAACAUUUUUAAAGAACCCCUUCUAUCAAAGGCGCACUCCACAGGUCACCUUUUAAAUCAAGUUUGUCCAUAGACUCACUAUGUGCAUAUUGUGUAAAACUCCUCAGUUAUGACUCUAAAGCCAUUAGUGGGUUUGCUAACAUGAGCGGGGGGAGUGAAAUUUGAAUGUGGGUUUGUACAAAGCUUCUCGCACUCCCUCUGUCUGUGUCCGUCUCUGUCUCUCACAGAAAUGUGGGUUGGCUGUGUUAAAGGUGAGCAGGCUGGAAUGUGGGUGCUAGCCAAGAGCUUUAGCUCCAGGUGUAAUAUUAGAUUACACAAACCUCAGAUUUCAGGACGAGAUUAGAGGAGACCGAUUACGCAGGUAACCCAAGCACGUCAGUUCAGGAAGAACUGAUAACAAUCUGAAAUGUAAGACUUGAUGUGAUGUUAUGGCACUACUGAUAUACAGUAUGCAAAGGUUUGGGCCCCCUGGUCACAUUACAUGUUUUGUUGAUUUUUUUUUUUUUUUUUUUUUUUUUUAAACUUAAGUUAUAUAAGUCAACAUAUCCUCUUUAGGGAACAACGUUAAGUAUGUCAUUUUCUGCAAUCUUUAGAGCAGAAUCUAUAUUUGUUGAGUUUUACAUAUUGGGAAAAAAAACAAAAUAUUUACCAUAUGUUUUUAACAGGCCUGACUAUUUGUUUUUCCAAUAUAUUGAAGUGAGCACAAUAUAAAUUUGUCACUAAAAUGUGCAGAGGCGUGUUCUCUGUAGUGGAUGUCACUUAGAACAGGGUUUCUCAGCCUGGGGGCUGCGGACCACCAAUGGGUCCAUUGAAGUGGAAAAAUAAUUAAUUUCAUUAAAAAUCUAAGAAUGAAAUGUCCACAGUACACUCGGUAUAAAUAUUAAUAGAGGCGUGCAAAUAAACCGUUAUUAGUCUGAGACAACGCAGCCGCGAGCACGUCUCUCAGGGCGCCCUGUUCAGUUUGGACACCUUUUACUUUAGUUCGCUCCGUUUGAUGCGUUUUUUUUUUUUUUUUUUUAAGAUGUUUCAUGUUAACAUACCUGCAAAUUUUGCGAAUCUACUGUCCUAAAUAGGACCUACAUUUAAAGUUCAGUGUCAGCAUUUAAGAGAAGAAAAGUGAAGUUGUAUUUAAAACAGCUGAUUUUAUUUUUCGUGUGGGCCGCUAUGCUUAGUACUUGUACACGGGGCUUGGCGUGGGGAAGGUUGAGAACCCCUGACUUAGAAAAUCAACAAAGCAGUUUGACUGGGGUGCCCAGAUGUUUGCACACAGCUGUAUUUAUACUAGCUUGAAUAAUGGCAUACCUUCAUGAGAGCUGGACUGUGGCUAAAUUGAUGAUUUUAUUUUUAUUUAAUUUUUUUCAUUUUAUGUUUUGAAUAAUGUGAGACAUUAUUAUUUGUCUGUUUUAGACUUCAUGGAUUGUUUCAGUGUUAGGACAACCACAUUGAAAUUGUCAGCAAAACAAUCUUAUUUGCAUGUAUGACUUACGGAUGAUGUUUUGUGAGCAUGAACGUAGCUAAUCGCCAUCUCCUUCUAUGGAACACACACUACUGAAUGGUACGUUGUAUUUAUUUUAGGUUUCAGACACUCCAUUUGUCCUUUUUAGUGUCAUUAGGGCUCUCUUUUACUCCAUAGGCAAAGCUAAUGUACAUAGAAUUUAUUUUUUUGAAAGGUACAUUAAUGUGUAUAUAUCUUUACCCUUUUAGAGUUUUGCUUUGAUACUAAGCUAAAGUGUUGGGGAGGAUUUUUUAGGGCUCGAGCUGUUAAACAGUGAUGGGACUUGAUGAGCAUGGCAAAGUGGUGGCACAUUUUUCAGUUUUUUGUUCAGGCACUCCACUCUGUGUGUUGCUUUUCACUGUGACAUUAAGUAGCAUAACAGUGAUUUAUUUAACAAUGCGCUUUUGGCAAUGUACGUUAACCUGUCAGCCAUAAACACUGGAAAUAUUGAACUGAGUGAACCUUUAAUGUACUAAAUAUUCACAGGGAACCCAUCAGUUAGUUAGGACUGGAUUACCUGAUGGUAAACUGAGACUUGAUAAGCUGUUAAUCUUUUGAAACACUGGUGGUGUGUCUGUGGACACGGUAAUGACUCCUGCUAAAACUGAAGUUGGAGGAGUGGCCUCUGCUCUUUUACACUUUUUUUGACUACUGUACUGCAGACAACCUGAAUUACUUUUCUAUAAUCACUCAGUACUACUGCCCUGUUCUUGCUCACUCUCCCUUACUCUUCUCGAUAUGCAAGUUGUAAAUAGUUUGUAUAAUGUAUGAUUUUUUUUUCGAUGUCAGAUUUUUGAUCCUAUAGACAAUUUUGUUCUUGUAGCUUGCCGUAUUUUUGUGAAUUUUUUUCUUUUCUUUGAUGAGUGUAUUAUCGGAGGUACUACUACUGAUACUCUCUUCGCUCUCUCUCCCCCUCUCCCUUGAUCUCAAGAAUUGUAAAGGAAGGAGUGCUAGUGCUUUAUGUACCAUGUUUGCAAUAUAGUUCCUCAGUCUUAAGGAUAGGUGCACAGAUACUCAGAACACAAAUAGGAUAUAGUCAUGUUAAUGGAUCAUUUUUAAGAAAGUUUCCUUCAUAUUAAAGCUAACUUGGCAUGAAAUAGUUAAUCGAAACCUCACCUGUUAUAUAUGUGAAAGCCAAAAAUGUCAUUUGUGGAGAGUAGGGUAUUUUUUUGGUGGUCGUUUUAAAGUUUAUUAAGACUUAUUUGUUUUCAGGAAAGCAAAAAAACCCUUUUACUGCAUCAUACACUACUGAAGAGUACGGAGCCCCACUGGUGACAUCCUGUAUAAAUAAAAGUAAUGCAUGGCCAUGACUUAGUAAACCGCAAUCUCAUUCCCACGCCUUACUAAGUCAUGGCCACAACUUAAUCAUCUCAUUCCCAGGUGUUAAUAAGGUGUGGCCAUACAUUUUUAUUUAUACAGGAUGUCACCAGCGGGACUCUGUAGAAGAGCGCAUUACCAUAGAAACUUCCUACAAAAGUCUACACUACCGUCUGCGCUCUCCUCACCUGAAACUGAGCAACAUCAGUAAAUGCCGAAAGGUUUGGGGUUUUUAGGUACAAAUAAGAAAAUCCUCACGUUUUACCUCUAUUUGAGUUAUGUACUGUUAAACAGUGGUAUUUGUUUUCUAUUCUGUCUUUGGUUUCAGCUCUCCAGCUGAAAGUGUAUGUACAUAUAUUUAUAGCUUCCUGACAAAGUUUCUGCUGCUGGUGGGUUUUGGAGAAGUGAGCACAGUCAGGGUUGUAAUAAUAUCUAUGAAUUUAGGUCUGCUCUAGUUCUGAAUCUAAUUCAGGAGACCUGUGUAGCUACGAUCCCUGAAACGCCGCAUCGUUAUUAAAGUGCACAGGCCAGAUAUGAGCUUGCGCUCAGAUGUAUUAUUAUGAGGAAAGGUAUAUUGUACUAUAUUGAACUUUGACCCUGAAACCUGUCGGCUGCGUAUAAUCUCAGUGAGCUCCUAAACCCAAACGAGAGUCUUUUCAGGAAUAGUUUCCAAUCAUGUACAUAGGUAAUAUUAUACAGUAAUAAAGACAGAUUUUCCUACA